AUGGGCUCUUUCGUAUUCAAUGGAAAUAUGCCAUGGGAAUUGACUCCAGCCUUGCGUUUUGUAUUUUCAGAUGAAAGUGAAAUCGGACCAGCAUUGCCGUCCAUUCCUCGCAAUUUGCCUCCUGUCCCAGCAUUGAAGAGUGAGUUGGAGAUAAGUGUUGAGCACAAAAAGGCUAGCAUACAGCGUCGAUGUUAUUCAGUGGCAGAAAACUUGUCAGAUGAAGACAGGGCAAAUGUGCUUCUGCGUUGGGUGGAUUUGAUCCUUAUGUGUCCCACCGGAACGCGAGUGGGAAGGCAGAUUUUGGAAGAUUUUGACAGAUGCCAAGGAAGUGACAAAUCAGAUGAAGCGUCCAAAAGCUUUCAAAUAGUGGCCGACUCGUUGCGGGCCAAAUCUACAAGCACAUUGAAACUCCGAGCAAAUUCCUUUGUCUUGUACGUCAAAUGGUAUCGAGACACACAUGGUGAUGAGCCUUUCCUGCCCUUGGUGGAGGGGCGCGUUUAUGAUUAUGUUUGUUUUCUCCGAUCCAAAGCAUGUUCAGCGUCGAGGGCCUCUACAUUUGUGAGUACCCUCAACUUUGUGGAAGCUGUGCUUGGUGUUGAAGGCGUGACAGAGUGUGUGAACUCAUCCCGCAUCAAGGGAGCCGCUUUGGAAAUGUUCUUAUCCAAAAGGACAAUGAAACAGGCGCCGCCACUGACGCCUGAAAUGAUUGCAACGAUUGAGGUGGCUUGCUUUUGUGAGCCGGACACUUUCUUGCGGGCACUGGCUGGGUUUUGCCUAUGUUGCAUCUUUGGCAGAUUGCGCGUCUCGGACUUAGCACGAUUGGUGAACCUGUCCAGCAAUGGAGAAUACGCGGAAGGAUCGCUGAUGCGAACCAAGACAGCAAGAUCAAAAGAAAAGCAGUGCACUUUUCUGCCAGUUAUUUUUCCCUGCGUGGGGUUCAUUGGCUUGAAUUGGUUCCAAGCGUUUUGUGCAAGUCGGAGAUUUUUGGAAUUACCAGAGUUUCCAACUCUGGAAUCGGAUGCGUCUGACAAGAGCUUUGUGGUUUUGCCAAGUCGUGCUACUUGCCACUUGGAGCUUGGGAAGAAGAUAGGGUCCACUGAAGUCAGCGAGGGCUUGCGAAGAAUUUUGGGAUUUUUUUUCUCUGAGGAAAUGGUAGGAAUGUUUACUAGCCAUUCAAUGAAAACAACUCUCUUGACCUAUGUCAAUAUCUACGGAUGUGAUUACACCGUAGCGGAGCUUCUGGGGUACCAUGUCACGUCACACUUGAGUGCCUUGAACUAUCAACGGGAUGCUUUGGCCCAGCCUAUUCGGAUUUUAGCCACGGUUCUCAAGGAGAUUCAGGUGGGGCGUUUUGACCCCACGGCAAGCCGUGGGCAAGCCUUUCCUUCGGCUACAUACACGCCGCCUGUGGUUGAAAAGCUUCAGAAAGUUCUAAACAAGACAGUGAAUGAAAUGGCUGAAAUUUUCAUGGGGUUCGAUCCCUCCUCUGACAUGGACAUGUUUGGAAAUUUUGAAAUGAGAUCUAUGUGGGAACUUAUUUGCAAAGAGCCUGUGAUUGUAGGAACAAGCAACGAACCCAUGCUGUUUGGCGCAAUUGGGACCGAACUUAGGGAAGUCCAAGACAGCAGCGACGAAGACUCUGACUAUUCAGAUUCUGAUUCUUCUUCGGCUGAGAGUGCCAUGGCAGAGGCAUCGGUCAGCAUGAGACAAGGCACGUUGGUGAAAAACAUGUCAGACAGAGCCUUGCCGCACGUCAUGAUCAGACAUGCGCGCACUAGAAGGCUGCACCUAGGAAACAAAGACGAUGAGCUCAAAACUGCUUGCGGUCGCGGAAUCACUGAAGCAUAUGAGAAUUGCACGGGCUCAAGUCGCCGCGUCUUACAGAUGCUUGACAGUGAAGCAGAUUUUCAGGCGGACGAAGGUCCCUUGAAAAUGCUUGCCGCAGAAGUGACAGGAAUCGCCCCCUGCCCGCCAGUUCGGCUCGCCUUGGUUCGAAGGCUUGUCUUCGAAAGUUACACGUUAGCAGCAGCUGACUUGCGUAUGAAAAUUUCCAGGACUAGCGAUGAUGCUCCCCGAAAACUGGCCACAGCUGAACGAGCGUCGAGAUACGCAGACCAAGUUGCCAGACUCCCAGGAAUUGAGAUGUCUGGAGAGCAAGAACCCAGUCAUAGCUUGAUCGAUGCAAUCUACCACAUGUCUGAAGAAGGUCAACUACGGUAUGUGAAAUGGGAUGAAUGCACCAAGCGUGACCAGGAGCUCAUGGGACUGAAGUCUGACCCGGUGUGGAAAGCAGACGCCUCGGGAAUUAUUCGCGAGACAAAGGUGAAAGAGGCGCUCACAGCCGAGUAUGACACGGACUUGAAGCUCCGUUUUGCGCUACAACGAAGAUCAUUAGCCUUUGACCAGGCGCGAUUGGUCGACUACCAAGACUUUGAAAGAUGGUCUCAAAUUUUGCUAGAGGCCUACACGGCCCCGGCCAUGGAAGGUUACCAAAAAGUGACGAUGGAGCAGUUGCACCGUGCAGAUUUGCAACUGUUCAAAGUUUUGAUUCGGGAAACAAGAAAUGGAAUCAAAGCAGUCGGUACCAGACAACCCAUGGCAGAGGCCUUGAAGGAGGCAAUCAAAGCACCAGAAGUGCGUCUUUUGCUUCAGCCCUUGCAAGGAGGUGUCAAGCGCAAACUGGACCAUUCCGAAGUUGACAAAUCUCCUGCGCUUACGGCCCCUUCAAGUUCCGGCAAGAAGGCCAACACGGAGACUGAGAAGCUCAGGCGGCAAGUUGAAAAUCUUCAAGGCCAACUUCGAAACAUGAACAAAGGGAAAGGCAAGACCGGCAGCUCUGGGUCUUUAGGUGGAAAGUCCGCUGGAAAGAGCAAAGCUCGAAUGAUUCGCAUGCCGCCAGGCCUCAUAGGAAUGUCGCCUACGAAUGAAGAAGGAGAGCCACAUUGCUUUGACUUCAACCUGAAGGGCUGCCCCCGGGCAGACCCAGGGGGUCGGUGCCCUAAAGGCUGGCACCGUUGCAUGGUUCCAGGCUGUGGAAAACCUCACAGUCAGAAGGAACACAAAUGA